AGAGAGAGACAGACAGAAAGAGAGACUCUGCAGACACACACACACAUUUAUACAGAGUUACACACACACACACACACACACACACACACACACACUCUAAGCUUCUCUUAGCAGCCCUGCUGUGUCUUUACUAACGGGACAAGUUUAAACCUCCAGGAUAUCUCUGUCGGGUUCUCCGCUUUUUCUCUCGCCUCCAUGUGACCACCUCGACCCGGACUGAGGACGUUCACUGCUGCUGAAAGGAUGAUAAUGAUGGUGACGGGAGGAGGCCACGGCCGAAGGUGCAGCCCUCGCUAGAAUCAUUCUUCCUCCCUUCAACUUCACCCCUCCACCAUCAUCCACUUCUGCCCCCCAGCGCCAUGGCUAACCACCUGGAGCUGAUCCAGGAGCUGCAGCAGCUGGACAAAGUGCCCAGCCUUGAGAGGCUGCGGGCGGCCCAGAAGCGGCGUACCCAGCAGCUAAAGAGAUGGGCUGUGUACGAGAAGGAGAUGCAAAACAAGAAGCGAAAGGCUGACAAGAAGGGACGCAACGCCAACAACCUCCAGCAGUCCAAGAGGCAUGUCUCGUUUGCCGCCAGCGUGGCACUUCUGGAGGCAUCAGCCAGGAACGAUCCAGAUGAAGUACGCUACCUGCUGAAGAACAAUGUGAGUCCAGACCUCUGCAAUGAAGACGGUCUCACCGCCCUGCAUCAGUGUUGUAUCGAUAACUAUGAGGAGAUGGUGAAGAUCCUGCUGGACCGAGGAGCGAGUGUCAACGCUCAGGACAACGAGCUGUGGACGCCGCUGCACGCCGCUGCUACAUGUGGCCAUGCAGGGCUGGUCAAGAUUCUUAUUGCACAUGGGGCAGAUUUGCUGGCAGUCAACUCUGAUGGGAACAUGCCCUACGACCUGUGUGAAGACGACCCGACACUGGAUAUCAUUGAGACGGCUAUGGCCAACAGAGGCAUCACCCAAGAGAUGAUCAAUGAGACACGAGCGUCAACAGAGAGGAGGAUGCUGGGAGACAUUCAGGAACUGCUGACACAGGCAGAGGAGGUCAACCAACAGGACUCUCAGGGAGCCACACUGCUCCACAUCGCAGCAGCAAAUGGCUACGUGCAGGCUGCAGAGCUAUUGCUGGAGGGGGGAGCUCGAAUGGACCUGAGAGACUCAGAUGGAUGGCAGCCUCUUCAUGCUGCAGCGUGCUGGGGUCAGAUGCAUGUGGCAGAGCUGCUGGUGUCUCAUGGAGCCAGUCUCAAUGCGAAGACCUUCCUGGAGGAAACCCCCAUCGAUCUGUGUGAGGAUGAGGAGUUCAGAGCCAUCCUGCUGGACCUUAAACACAAACACGACAUUAUCAUGAAGUCACAGCUCAAACACAAGACCUCACUGUGUAGGCGAACGUCCAGUGCAGGCAGUCGUGGAAAAGUGGUGCGGCGAGCCAGCCUGUCCGACAGACACAACUUGUGCCGUAAAGAGUACGAGACUGAGGCCAUCGUGUGGAGGGGAGGUAGGGAGGAGGAGGAUGAAAAAGAGAAGGAGUCUGAUCAGGAGAACAACCAGGUGGUUCAUGUCAAGCCAGUCGUGGCUGUGGAGCUGCCAGACAAGCCCAAGCUGCCCACCAUCCUCAAAGAUGGCAAUAGCAAACAGAACGGCCUCAUCUCCACAACAACGUCCAUGCCACCGCAACAGCCUGCCAAUGGCAACACGCCAUCGUCUGAUAAGGGCGGGGUCAUCACCACCCAGCCCACCCAGGAGGAAGCCUGGCCAAGAGAGCGCGCUCAGACUCUGUCGGAGCUCAAAAAACAGAGGGCAGCCGCCAAACUGUUGAAUCACCCCUUGUUCAACGGUCACCUAGGUAACGGCUCCACAGACUCCUUCACCGAUGCCAAAACCAACUCCGAGGACCCCCGCAUGCCGCUGGUCUCCUCCAACGGCAACGCGGUUUACUACACACCGGCCAGCGGCGACCCGCCCCUCCUCAAACUGAAACAGCCAAUGGAGGAAGAGCAGCCGAAGGCGCGGACCUGCUGCUGCGUGUCAUAGCGCUUUGGUCAUGUGACUGUGACAGGAAAUGUUUGCACAGAGAACAGGGAAGCGAGGAAUGUGCUGUAGGAGGGAGGAGAGGGAAGGAAGGAAAGAGGGAGUGCUCCUGUCUUUUGACAUCCUUUCUCUCCCCUCCUUUUAACUUCUCCCAGAGAAGAUGGCUGACUUGAAGAAGGUUUAGAAACUUAUCCUUGUACCUCCCUGCCAUGUGACUCCUCCCCCAAAUGCAGGCGUGUUUCAAGUGAAGAAGAGAAGAGGAAAGAAACUAAGCAGUGCCACUUCUUUCCUCCGGACGCCACUUUGAUUAAAAUUCCUUCUUAUGUAUGGAAUCUCUCUACAAGACAUGCCAAAUGGAUAGAAAGAGUGCAAGAAGCUGUUAUUCUGUCCCCGCUGUCCCUGUGCACCUUAAGAAUCAAGGUGUGGACAGUUUUUUUUAUAAGCUUUUCACCUGGAAAGGGUCAUACAUUCUGAAUCAGGAAAGUAGAGAAGAGCUCAAGGUACAAAGUGCAUGUUCUGCCCUCAGAGACAAAGACAGAAAGUUUUUUUUAUCCUACAUACGGAUGGUUAUCAUGGAAUUAAACAGCAUUUCCUGCAGGGCAAACUCACAUUGUUAUCAAACCACAGUGUUCUGCUUUUUUUUUUUUCCCUCAUCUACUCGUCAUGUGCAAGUAGGUCAUCGCAGAACAGUCCACAUGUAUCGCGUUACGUCACGUUGUACUGCAACAUAUCAGAAACAGCGAAAACGUAGCAAAAAUAGAGAUCUGUGACAUCUCUUUUGAAGUAUCUAUCAUGUUAAACUGCUGCCUGCAUCAGUAAAGGGAAGGAAUGCCAUAAAACAGUGUUAAAAUUUUCAGGAAGUGUACUUCUGCAGCGAGAGAUAACAGGAAAGAGUAUAGUAGUGCACUAGUGUUUGAGACUGUCACUGUAUUCUGUCGACUAUACUUCACCUCACCGUCCUCUCAUAUCAAACCUGAACUGACAGGUCAUGCUUUGUUUUAUGCAUAACCCACUUUGUGCUCUCUCGUUUAGAUAAUUUAAGCAGAACAUGGUUGAAAUUUACUGUACAUUUCUUUAUUUAUGAAAUUAAUGUAAUGUGUAAAAAAAACAAAACAUCAUGGUUCCUAAAGUUGAGUGUAUUUAUUAUUUGGAUGGCGUGUGGAGAGCGUGAAUGCAAUAUGAGAUGAGCUGGGGAGUCUCCCAGUAAAGCACCUUCUGACAUGGAAAAUCAAACAUUCGACUGAUAAAGUGAAGUGAGGGUUACUGUCUGUUAUAUGUACAUGUUAUUAAAAUCACACACACAAGCCAUUCUCUAUUGGGAUGGAUGUCAUAUUUGUGUCACUACAAAUAACAAUGUUAUUUGUUUAUGUUUUAGUUUUUCGUUUUUUCCGGUGGCCAUUGUGUGGCUUUAUUUCCUCCCAGUCACUGUAUUUGUUAACAGCAAUUGUAAAUGUUAUGUAAUGAAUUACUGUAAGUAUAAUAUGAGUUUUCCGAAGAGAGUCAUGGACUCUAUUCUUGCCUCAGUUUAAAAAAAACAACAACUAAUCAUUAAUCCACACCUUAAAUGCAUCAUGGGAUCAACAAAAAAUAUAAACUGCUUCAUUAAAAUUGUUUGACAUUUUGGGAAAUAUGGUUAUUUGCUUUCUUGACGAUAAGAACGAUAGCACUCCCAUGUCUGUACGCUCGAUACGCAGCUGGAGCCAGCAGCUGCUUAGCUUAGCUUAGCAUAAAUACUGGAACAAGGGGGAAACAGGCUUUGUGCAAAGCUAACAACCAGCCAGAGUUAUCAUAGUUUUGUAUUUUUCAUUAGUUCAAAUUUCUGUUUUUAAUUCAGUUUAGUUUCAGUUAGUUUCCUUCCGACAGUUGGUUUGUUUCAGUUUAGUUUCAGUGUUCGUUUUUUUUAAAUAAUAAUAUGGAAGCUUUUUGUCAUGGGCAAGAUUUAGGACUUUCAAAAUAGAUAUCAAAACACAAACACUUUGUGACAGCAGCCUUGGACCUAGCUCACCUAAAUGGAAUAUGGCCUUCAUAAAUGUUAUUAAAUACUCUUGCUUUUCCUCCUUUGACACAUCGAAUAUCUGCCUUGAAAAAGUGAGCUUUAGAGGGGAUUUUUUAAACCUUUUUAAUGAGCCAUGUUAGCCGUUUCCCUUGUUUCCAGUUUUUGUGCUAAGCUCCAGCUUCACAUUUAACAGAGAGACAUUAGAGUGGUACCAAUAUCCUGAUCUUACUCUUGGCAAUAAAUUAGCAUAUUUUUCCCAAAAUGUCAAACUACUCCUUUAAUCUUCUUGUGAGUGCCAAAGAGUCUUCCGUGAUUUAAAAAAAAACGACUUAUAAGGACAUUUAAAAACUUUGGGGAAGGCUUUAUUUGCCGUUAUACAGAUUUGUUUGUUUGAGAGCCAACCCCAUUAAACAUGCGAUUACCCACAAUACCACUUUAUCCCAAAAACAUCAACUGUACAGUGUCAAAUAUUUGUACAGAUUCGUUUGUAAAUACGUUUGUAUUAGGAUCCCCCUUAUCUGUUCCCAUGAACUGCAUUUACAUGUCUGUGUUGUUACUGUUGAACUUAUAGGAAAAUGCAGUUACCCACAUUGAACAGUAUUAGCAGACAUUUGGUUGUUUGAGGAAGCUGUGAGUCUAUGUAGACCCCCCCCCCUUAGUAGUCCAGCAGUCUAAAAUCUAUCUGUAAAGUGGAGUGCACCCCGGUGUCAUUGUCAUACUUAGUGUUUUCCCUCUGCUCUUGCGGUGACCAGUGUCUGCAGUUGACUUUGUUUCUGUGCAAAUUUCUGCAAAAGGUCAGUUUAUAAAUGUUGUGCUCUCAUAUAAAGCAGGUUGCUUUUCCAACUCAAAUUGAGGACGUACAAAUUAAGUUGCAGUCAAAAAGGUUGCUACAUUGCCUAUUUUUGGUUCCUCGUUUGUUUAGGAAGUGACCGAGACAGUGACAUCAUCUUGUUAUGAGUCAGCUGAAAUUCAUUGAAGUUACUCCAGCUCACGUCUGUGCGUGCUGCUGCAUCAUUUCAAUUCAGAAUUCAGCUCUGCCUCCCUAUCAAUGAAAUCGAUUACUUUGAAUAGUAAUUUGAAAUUAGGACCUGGUCAGUAUUAGCUAGAAAGGGACAGUCACCUGUGUUCUCAUGAUAUAUGUGAAUAUAUAUCAAAGCUUGUGUUUGUCUGCAAGCCUCAUUGUCUAUAAAAAGGAUAAGAUUAUAAAGACAAAAAAACUACUGAUUUUGUAAUUACUGGAAUAUAUUGAUGGUUGCAUUAACACAUUUUGAAUAAAUUGUAUAUUUUGAGAAUUUUA